UACUCACCUCCUUGCUGGAGAUAUCUGUCGGAAGACAAGUUGGAAAAAAACUACAAAGUUGGAAGGGAACGUCACUCUUGCUACUGGACAGUUGUAUUACAUGCCGCACUUGUUUAGACUGGACUGGAGCAUCUUAACCCAGAUGACCAUUUGGUGAUGAUGCCCUUGGUGUUGGGGCAGGCAUCCGUCUGCCCUUGUGAACCACACAGACAGAAAUGAGUAAAAACCAUGCACGGAUCGAAAUGGACCUGGCUUUUGGAUCGACCAAGCCCUAUGGGUCCUCGAGAAGUAUUGUGAGGAGAAUAGCUACAAGUCUUCCUCUUAAUCCCUGCCCCAGGGUUCAUUUUCAGCUUUAUCCGUACAGUGAGGAUGCUGGUGUCCUGAUUGGCGCCAGGAGGCCGAACGGUUUGGUGGCCUCUCUAGCUGAUGUCGCCUGGAUCGACAGGGAUGAGGACGAAGAGGAAGACUUAUUUGGCAGACCCAGGUCAGGGAUCCCAGCAGGACUCGUGUUUCGAGCCCAGCAGCCUCAUCCUCAGAGAAAACCAUUAACCCGCCAGAGGUCACUGCCAAGCCUGCAUGAGGGCACUCCAGACCCCCAGGGGCCAACAGUGGCCAACGAUGAGGCCAUUCAGAAGAUCAGUGCACUGGAGACAGAACUUGCCAAACUCAGAGCUCAGAUAGCCCAAAUCGUACUGGCUCAGGAAAAGAGUGCACAGCCAGCUGCUACCACAGGGACACCUCCCCCUCCACCCUCUGGCUCCCUGCCUCCGCCUCCCCCACCACCACCACCACCACCUCCUCCUCCACCACCACCCCCAGCUCUCCAGCGGACAUUUUCUGCCAUUGACUUGAUUAAGGAGCGCAGAGGGAAGAAGACAGACAGCCAGACAGUUUUGGAUUCAAAGCCAGCAGAAAUCCCCAACAUGCUUGAUGUCCUUAAAGACAUGAGCAAAGUCAAGUUGCGAUCGGUUAAAAGUCGUCCAGUGGAAGGCGACGCCAAAGCGAAGUCCAGUGAGCCGGCAGAUGCUGCAGCUCUCAUCGCUGAGGCGCUGAAACGCAAGUUUGCCCACCGUUACCGACACGACAGUGAACGAGAAGACCAGGAGGAUUUCAAACUCCCCGUUCGUGACGUGAAACCUCAAACCGAAACCCCUUUGUUUGGGCAGCACAUGUUGAAACAAACUGGAAAGAGGAAGUUGCUCUGAACAGGUGAUUCUAAUCUCCAGAUGUACUGUGGACACUUUUAAGUGCCUUAUCAACCUUUAAAUACCAGCUGUUUCUGUGGAAGGACAAGGGAUUCUGUCUGAAGUAGACGACAGUCUGCUGCAAGUAUCAGCCAUCUCGUAGUGUUGCAUCCGAUGAUCAUCUUGAUCCGUAUUUGCACUUUUAUAAAUUAUAAUAUUAGCGUUCUCUCUUACAAACAUAAUUUUUUGUUUGUUUAACUGAAUGUCUUUGUUUCUGUGUUGAAUAGUCUAAAUUUCUGUAGAAAAGUGUCAGAAGUCAGAUUGCAUGUUUGAGCAACACUACAGACUUGUUAAAUGUUAUUGAUUUUAAUAUUCAGUCAUUACUUAGGCUUUUGUUAAUCAUAUUGCACAUAACAUAGUUGGUCAUUCCCAUUUUUUAAGGGGUCUCUGAAAGCUGAAGAUGUUCUUCUACCACAGAGGAAAGGGAGCACUUUCUUACUUGUGGAAUAAUGUGCUGUAUUGUUUAUAUAUGUAUGAUGACCUGUAGACUAAUUUAUGAUUGGGAUCCUUCUAUUUAUGUUGUAGUUUAAGUAGAUAAUUAAGGGUUUAAACAAAGGUAAUUGUUAAAGAUUUGUCAGUUAUUAAUUCCAGGUGGCUUUUAAACAGUUUUGUACUUUAUCUGUUGAGCUUGUGUAAGUUGUGUCCUAGUUGCCAGCCUUUCCAGGGCUUAUAUGUCUUUUGCUGGUUCAAAUAUAUAUAACCCAGUUUUAGCUGAAGUUAUUUAUCUCUUUACUACGAUCUGUGUUUAAGAGCCAAAGAUACUGCGGUUAUUCUGCUUUUCAUGCCCCUUUUGUUUUUCUGUUUCACAUUUCAGAUGAUGUGUAAUCAGUGAGGCAAACACAUACUGUAUUUCUAGGUUGUUGUCAGUACAUGUGCGGCCUUUUCUUGCUUUAUCAGUUCCUCUUGAUACAAUUUCGCCUUUUAUCUCAAAACACCUUCUCAGAACUUUAGACUCACCGUUAACAUAAUCAGCGAAGAAAUACAGCCGUUAAUUCUGCAUUCACAACAUAAAUUAGUCAUGGGUCCUAAGGCACCCACUGUUACCGGUAUCCCAGAGGUGUAAAUUAUGUUUUUGUGCCAGUAAUCACAUUUUCAUGCCUCAUUUUGUGUCACAGAACAUACUGACACCCUGGGGUCAUGUGAGGUUUUAGGCGGUGUUUUGUUCAAAGUGACUGAUUGCACAUUGUUUCCAAUUGUGUUCACCAUGCCAGUGAAGUUGCUGCUUCAAGACAACUCUUCUACUAUUACCUUUUCAUAAAGGGAAAGUGAAAUGGGCAUGUUGGCUGGUCGUCAUUGAGUGAUUUAAAUGUAUUAAAGAUUUUGUAGAAAAGUUGCCUUCCAUAAAACGAACUUGAACUGCCAAAUCUAUAAAUAAAAGUUUAUGGUCUACCUGAA